AUGACCGACAAUCGAAAACAAAUCGAUCGAUCAAUAAAUAUGCUUUAUCCUAUGGAAAUAGAUGCUACUGAAGAUAAAGAAGAAAAGGUGGAAGAUAAACCGGAAGAACCCAUUGCUCGACGAACAAGAAGUGCUAAAAUUUGCAAACUACAGCCGAUGGUGUGCUGGAAACAUUCGUCAGUCUUGGCAGUACCGCAGGACCUUUAUUUGGUGGUGUACUGUAUGAAUUGGGUUUCAAGUUGCCAUUCAUUGUGCUAUCCUACCCUUGCCACGAAACUAAUACUUCAAAGAAACGAUGUGAUAGCUAAAAGAAUUAACGGAAAUUUGAUGGUGGCUCCUUGCAAAUCAGAACAAUCAACAAUCGAAAAUAUCGAAUUCAAAGGAGAUUUAAUAAGGUGUGCUGGAAACAUUCGUCAGUCUUGGCAGUACCGCAGGACCUUUACUUGGUGGUGUACUAUAUGA